AUGUUGAAAACGCUCCCAUUCGUCGAGCAAGAUGAAGUAGUUUCGCGAAUGGGAUUACCAUAUGCAUUAUCACCAUGUGAUCAUCUUAGAGGUUAUACAAAAUUCGUAUGUCAAGGAUAUAUGUAUAUGCUGAAGAAGAAAAAGAAGAAGAGAGGUGUAAGAAGAGAAAAAGAAGAAUAGAGAGAGAGACGGUAAAAGCCAAUGUGCGUGGAUCGUUCUACAAUAUAAGGUUCAUACCAGCAUUCUUGUCUGUGUCAUUCGCCCCGGUAAUUCAUUAUUCAUUGAAUGAGCAAGAAUGUAUACUGCCCCCGAAUUGACUCGCUAAAAUUUCAAGUUCGGACUUUCUACGUGAUUUUAUAGAUAACUAUAUCUAAGUAUACUAUAUCUUUUAUAGUAACUAUAUCUAAGUAUACUAUAUAACUAUAUCUAAGUAUUUAUUUGAUUGCGUAAUUUUGAACAAAGUCUAUUCGGGAUUCGUGGGAAAGUGUGUUACAAUUGUUAGAAAACAGAAAUAUAACUUAAAAGUGUUAGAACAUUUAAGACGAAAAAUUGUAGAUUCGUAAAAUUAUUGCAAAAUUAAACUUAUCAUUUACAUUUUUUAUUUUUGAAUUUUAGAAUGCAUAUAAGAAUAAUCUCACUUAA